UCUGUCAAAUAAAUAAAAUCUUGAAGAAGAAGGAAGGAGGAGGAGAACGGGGAGGGGGAGGAAAGCCUGCCUGGAACCCCACUGGGAGGGCAGUAGGUGUGGGGUGGGCUGACCUGGGAUGCCUGAGCAGGCCCGCAGCGCUCCUGGAAUGUGGGCUGGCCUGGGGGGCGGGGCUCUGCCAGACCCAACCCAGCGAUGGGAGGGGCGUCCCUUUCCGGGAGGUAGGCAAACUGGGAAACUGAGGCUGGGGCCCGGCUGUUCAUUUAUUUCUCCGACGCGCUCCCCAUCUUUCUGGAGGGAAGCCCGGCAGACAACAGGACGGCUGCGGAGUUCACGGCAGGAGUGAGUCUGAUCCGGAGCGCCCUCCUCCCAGACUGGCACCUUCUCUCCCUGCCUCCGAGGCCGUGGCCUCCGCCUCCAUCCCACACAACCCUGCGCACUUGGCACCCCCGUCACACCCUCAUGCUUGGACGCGAGCACCAACCGCGGCAUGGGUGACUCGUCAGGGCGGGCCCUGGACGGGGCAGGGCGGGGCACCCCGGGAGUCUUAAAGGACUCUCCAGGCCCCCACCCCUGCCCCGCUGUCGCCGGCGCCGCUGCUGCCCCUGCUGCUGCUGCUCCCAGCCAUGGCGGAGACUGCCAAGCUCCAGCUGUUUGUCAAGGCCAGCGAGGACGGCGAGAGCGUGGGACCCUGCCCUUCUUGCCAGCGGCUCUUCAUGCUCCUGCUUCUCAAGGGCGUGCCCUUCACUCUGACCACCGUGGACACUCGCAGGUCCCUGGAUGUGCUUAAGGACUUUGCCCCUGGCUCGCAGCUGCCCAUUCUUCUCUACGACGGCGACGCCAAAACAGACACACUGCAGAUCGAGGAGUUUCUGGAGGAGACGCUGGGGCCCCCUGAAUUCCCCAGCCUGGCGCCCCGCUACGGGGAGUCCUCCACGGCGGGCAACGACGUCUUUCACAGGUUCUCGGCCUUCAUCAAGAACCCGGUGCCCACGCAGGACGAUGCCCUGUACCAGAUGCUGCUGCGAGCGCUCACCAAGCUGGACGGCUACCUGCGCACGCCCCUGGGGCACGAGCGCGCGCGGGAACCCCAGCUCCGCGAGUCGCGCCGCCGCUUCCUGGACGGCGACGAGCUCACGCUGGCUGACUGCAGCCUGCUGCCCAAGCUGCACAUCGUGGACACGGUGUGCACGCACUUCCGCGGAGCGCCCAUACCAGCCGAGCUGCGCGGCGUCCGCCGCUACCUGGACAGCGCGCGGCAAGUGAAGGAGUUCAAGUACACGUGUCCAUCCAGCGCGGAGAUCCUUGCGGCCUACCGGAUGGCCGUGCGCCCCCGCUAACCCCUCCCCCCCAUCUCCAGCCACCCUCUCCUACAGCCCCAUAAAGGCAGCUGUGCCCCA